AAUGUCUUCUGUUUACAUGCAACACGUGCAAGACUGUUUCUUUCUCUCUCUCUCGUAAAGGAUUGUUUUCCCUUCUUUCUUUCUUUCCUUUCCGUGUUUGACGUCUGAAUAUGCUGAUACUUAGACCCUCGUACAGAUGAUACUUUGUUGCGUUUCUUUUCGGAUAGGCGCCGAUGUUUCACGUGUUUUCUGUUUAUGCCAUACUGUUGUGUGUUACCUUGUCUGUGAUUGGACAGCGUAUUUCAUUUUAAAAUGUGAUCUUCAUCGGACGGUGAUCGUGAUAGAAUCGGAAUUGAUUGGAAAAUUUAUUUUGAAAAAAAUAAAUUAAUCUUUCCACGAGUGGUGAUGUCACGCUUUUUGUUAAUUAGAGCCAAGUAAAACGUUCAAUAGGAACAAGACACCUUGACUCUACAUAUGGGAUUAGAUCUAACAAUUCAACCCGCGCAUUGUGAUAUAAUCAUUAGCAAGUUGGAUAAGUCAAAUAACGAGGACAUCGUCGUGUGAUAAUCUCUCGGUGUGUGCACUUUACUGUGACCAUUUUAUUUAGUUUGAUUAGUUCUGUGUGUGUGUUUUCAGCACGAGUCCCACAUUCGUUUAAAUUGUAUUCGAGGAGGCGUAGAAGUGGACAGUGCUUAAUUUACUUCUGCAUGGACACGAGCCAUUGAUUCUACGAGUUCCACUGUCAGGUGUAGGCGGAGACUAACAUCUGUUAUUGGAUCUAGCAGAAAUCAAUUAAACGCCCUUAAUUAGGAUAUAAUUUGUGUGUUCUUCAUUAAGAUUAUACAAUCGUUCAAUAAGCCUCGACGUCUGCUCAUGGUAUCUGCUUCCCGCCCUAGGGCGAGUACUGAAACGGUUUAGUGACUGGAACUGAAGGAGUUCGAACCAGGAUUUGAACUUUGACUUCCAGAGCUCCAACGACAGGGAGAUUAUUGAAUUCACAUGACACUGUCAGAGUUCAGAGGUCAUUGAUUCGUGAGUAAAAAAUUAUUCGGGACGCUGUAUCAAUGAAGUUUAUAUAAAAAAAUAGUAAUAAAAAUACCCCAGCAAAAUUAACUGAUCUGCAGCAGCUUGGAAUGUGGAAGGUCAUUUGAAGGUAUCUUCUAUUGUAGAAGUGAAGACUUGAUGGCAGUAUGGUCACUAGAUUAUAGACUUCAUCAACAGCCUGGACAUUAAGGUAUCGAAAUGGAGUAGAGAGUUGUGUUGCCUAAGGCGAAAAUCCUGUAUUGAAUAUGUCAACUGCAAUGGAUUUUUCGCCUCUCAAGAUGGAGACGCCUCAUUCCAGCCCGCAUCGAACGCCGCUGAAAGCGUCUCCGAGAUGUUCGCCAAAAGGCGAAGAAAUGAUGGAGUCCCCGGCUUACACCAAUGUGGGAUACGGUCGCACCAAUGCGUCCUUCUGCGGCUCGGGAUCAAGGUCGCAGUAUUCGUUGGCAAAGGAUGAGUAUAGAGUGAGUCCUGAUACGCCGUGCUUCUCAAGGACAAUGCAGAGUCCUGUGGUUAUUGGCAGCAGGUCCAGAUCGCCUUCGCCGAAAGUUGAAAAUUUUCUUAUUUCGGAAAAUUCGCAGUCAAAUACUGAGAGAUCUUCUGAGAAAAUUUCUAAUCAGAAAUCCGGACUUGAUAGUUUUUGUCCCGUAGGUUACGGAAAACGUUGUUCCGACGUAGCGAGGGGACCCACAGACGUGGCUUCAUCCAGGGAUGUUUUUGACAAGCUCUCGGCACUGGCUCGAGAUCAGUGUGCUCGCCGUUCUCGACAGAGCUCUGUCGAAAUAGUGGAGGACAUGGACGAGGCCGACGACUCUGUCGUGCUCACGAAAGAGGACGACGCAUGCAGCAGCUCUGACAAAGAGGAAGACGAUGACCAAAUCGAAUGCGCCGAGUGCAACAGGGUUUUUUGUAACCUUCAGCGGUAUAUGGACCACAGGUGCUGUCGGCCUCAGUCGAGACUCAAUGCUUUAUGUGAUAAAAUGGAAGGAAAAAAGUCCUCGUCUCCUAGCUUCAUCUCAUGCGAGACUUUUCCGAGUGAUGCUGAAAUCUUCAAGGGAAGAAUCGUGUAUAACCCCAACGGCUCGGCGUAUAUCAUUGAAGGCAUCGGAUCGGACAGUGAACUAGAUCUGAAGUUCUCUCUGCCACCCGAUUCCAUUGUCGUUAAGGAUGGUCAGUCUGUGUUAUCAGUCGAGCGGUCAAUACCGAAAAUAGCCAACGCCGUAUUCUUCUCCAAAGUCGACAAAUCUGUGGAACUUUCUAAAAGUAACGAAAGUCCUCACCCAGACGACGCGCCGAAAGCAAGUCCCGUAAUCAACAGGUACAACGUUUAUGAACUUAGAAGCUCAGAGAUCGAUGAGCUGCUGGAGUUGUUCCCCCCUUAUCCAGCCAGCAUCCCAGCCAGUAAACCUAUACUUAUGUGUUUCAUUUGCAAACUUUCUUUUGGAAAUCCAAACUCCUUUUUGCGACACGCAACGCUGGACCAUCGCAUGGAACUGAACGAGGGCGAGAAGACGUUGCUUUGUAGGCCCAGCGCCUCUGCUCUUAUCCAGGCUUUUGGUAGAGAAAAGUACCCAACGGUGACAGUGCUACAACACGUCGGUGAGCCUCACUCUUCGCUUCGUGAAAGCAGUUCACCAACUCGCCCCAGCAGCCGAAAUAACGAGUCUGUGUUGAAUAAUAACUUCCUUCGCUCGCCCGCCAAAUCUUCUAGCCCUGACGGAAGCUCAUUUUCACAGCCGUCGUUUAAUCAGGACACACGAGUUGCCGUGUCCAGAAGCCCCACGUCUGAACAAGACGAGUUCCUUGCGAACCACCGGUCUUCCUUUUCCAAUGCUUUCUCGGCAAACUUGAAGAGAGAGGGCUACCUCCAUUCUCCUCAAAUUUCUGGUGCCGACUUUCUCUCUGGCAGCCAUUUUCUUUACUCAUCUCAGGGAGACAGAUCUCCGAAACGGCAGAGGUCGCCUUCAUCUGUAUUGCCAUCGCCUCAGAGAGCGUCCUCGCCGUUGACUUUAACGAGUUCUGAUUCUUUUUACCCCAUGACGUCAGCCUCAGGACUUUUGCUGAGCUCGUCCGGUCACCAGCAGCAUCUUGGCAUGCCUGCACCCUCGAGCUCAUCUCUGCAGUCUAUGGGCUUGGGGAUGACGAACUAUAUGGGCUCGUGCGACGAGCAUCCUCAGGGUAGAGCUCAGGGAGUGGAAUGUCCGAAAUGCGACAUUGUUCUAGGUUCGUCUCAAUCACUAGGAGGUCACAUGACAAUGACCCAUUCGAGAAACUCUUGCAAAACUCUCAAAUGUCCGAAGUGUAAUUGGCAUUACAAAUAUCAGGAAACACUUGAGAUCCACAUGAAGGAAAAACAUCCGGACAGUGAUGCUCAGUGCGUAUACUGCCUAACUAACCAAUCUCAUCCGAGGCUUGCUCGAGGGGAGUCCUAUUCAUGUGGCUAUAAACCAUACCGGUGCGAUGUGUGCAAUUAUUCAACCACCACGAAAGGAAACCUUAGCAUUCACAUGCAGUCCGACAAGCACAUAAACAACAUGCAGGACUUGGCGAACGGCGGAACUGAAAUGAAAAUGCAGCCGCCCCAGUCUCCUGCUUCUCAGCCUGUGCCGCCCAGCUCUUCGACCCCUGCGCCCCACAGUGUCUCUCCUUUCUCGCAGGAUGACUCCCAAUACAAAAAGCUGAAACAAAAACAGUCUUUUCGGUGCGAGGUGUGCAGCUACGAGACAUCCGUGGCGCGCAAUCUUCGCAUUCACAUGACUAGCGAGAAGCACACGCACAACAUGCUCGUGAUGACGCAGAGUAUCAACCAUCUCCACCAGGACAUGACCUUGCACCAAAUCAAUCAGAUGAACCAGCUGUUUGCUCUAAAUCACCAAGAGCAGGCGGCUCGAUUUGCUGCCAUCAGCCCCCACCUCAACACUGGUCUGUUUUCGUACGAGAACAUGCUGAUGUCCACGUCGGCGCCUCCGCCCCAGCCUAGCUUUGAGCUACCAAUGAAUCUGACGAAAGAAAAUGGAAUUGAAGAACCUUCGGGAUCUUCUUUCAGCAAAGACGCUAAUAAGCUUUUCCAGUGCUGCAUAUGCAACAAUUACGGGUCGGACAGUAUCGAGAAUGUUCACAACCAUAUACAGUACGAUAGGACAAAGUCGGGCAACUCCGAGGCACACGUCACCUUUAGCAACGGCGCUUACCACUGCAACCUGUGUAGCUAUAAGACGCACCUAAAGGCCAACUUCCAGCUGCACUGUAAGACGGAUAAGCACCUCCAGAAGCUGCAGCUUGUCAACCACGUUCUAGAGGGUGGUGUGGAGAACGAAUGGAGGUUGGCCAUAUCGGGCUCGCCCAUGCAGAUCUGCUGCAACGCCUGCAGCUUCUAUGCAAACUCCACCCACAAGAUGCAGCUGCACAUGAGUACUAUUCAGCACGAGUCGUGCUCUCAGCUCUUCCGGCACCUGCAGCUCCUGGAUCACGCCACCGCGCCCAGCGCGCCGUCCAGAGCACGGUACUACCACUGCACCCUGUGCUUGACCAACGUACGAACGAAGCAGAAGCUUAUCUCCCACUCCAGGACGCCCCACCACAUGUGUAAGGAGCAGUCCUUGACCCAGGGUCACCUGUCCAUCUUUGACGUCUUCCUCAUCAAAGAGAUGUCUGACGGGGCGCCAGUAGAUUUUGAGGAUGAAGAGUCGGAGAUACACAGAGCGGGAUUUGUACAACACAUGAAAAUUGAUGAUGACGUACUUGACACUCCUGACCUCUCGCAGGGGAGCCGAGAUUUAAGCAAGUACCCCAAAGUUACGUCUGGUGGUGGCAAGGUCACGAUACCACCACCCGCCCAUUUCUCCACAACCACGGCUGCUUCAAGCUCGCUGGGCACCACCAGCGCCACAGACUACAGCGCCUUCAGGGGUGCCGGUUCUGUUAGCAGGGAUAAGCCUGGAGGCGACCGCACAGAUGAAAGUAAAGGUAAUUGUGGAUACAUCACGCAGGCACAUUCUCUGACCAACAGAAUCUCUAGCAGUCCUGACACCAGCGGGGUCCUUCAUUUAGGCAGAAAAUCGGAGGCUCGCCCUUGCAACGAUCACUAUCUCCAGUCCAACCACGGAGCAGCGGCGCAUCAACAGAGCAGCCACGGGUCUCCGUCCUCUCCCGCCGGGGCUGCCAGAUCAGCGGCGGAAGCUGUAAAAUGCAUUUUGUGCCCACUGUGCAGGCAUGAGUGCUCAGGGGCGGGGCCUCUGGAAGAGCACCUCAUUAACAAACACAACGUGGCUCCGGAGGGCAUCCAGAGGCUUAUGUCCAUGGUCGAAUUGCCCCUCUCGUCCGGCAUGGCUACGGCCGACGCCUCUGUCGCUCCUUCAAGCAGCGCGGAGACAGGCAAAAACAGCUCUCCCGCUUCCGGGGAGGAAAUUUCCGCUGGAAGCAGGCAGAACGAUGAUGUCAAAGACUUUGGAGAUGUCUCCCAAGAAAUUCCACGAGACGUUUCCGACAGAGCAAACCCAGCCACUCCUUUGUCCCAGAGAAAAGAAGAGACCACGGCCUGCACCACUGUCCAGGUUAUCCCCACCACCACCACAUCUUGGUUGACCCCCUCCCCUCAGACAUGCAUCUCCACAUCGUCCCCUAUCGCCAUGUCGGCGACAUCCUCAGUCACGACGGCGGCGGCGUCAUCCACGGCCAUGUCGGCAACAUCCACCACCUGCAAUGCUUCCCGCAUCACCACCAUCGUCACUCAAGACAUUCCCGACAACCGGACAUUAUCUGCUAGCGACGAAUGUAAAGAGAUCGACCUUGACCUCUUGGACGCUGACCACAAAGACCUCUUGGCUAUUGAAGGUGUGGACCUGGCCUUACAAGAGAAACUGGACAAGGAAUACGAGGACCUUUUCCGGUGUCAGACUUGCCACAAAAUCUUCAUCAACAUUGACCAGUUGUACUGCCACCAGAAUGAACUGGGUCACCUAGAACUCAAACAGACCCCCAGGGGUCCUGGAUACUUGUGCUGGAAAAAGGGCUGCAACCAGUACUUUAAGACUGCCUCCACAUUACAGGUUCAUUUCAGGGAAAUCCACGCUAAAAAAUCACUGUCAGGGUGUUUGUCCACGCAGGAACUGGAGGCUUACAAGUUUACUUGCAGCCAGUGCAACUUCAGCUUCAAGUCGAUUGAGGCGAUGCAGAGGCACACGCUCAUCCACUUGAUGCAGUCGGUGACACAGUGCAGGAUAUGCUCCAGGAGAGUGAACUCUGUGGCUAAGAUGAGGAGGCACUUGGAGAUAGUCCAUGGCGAUCUCAGCCUCUCAGACAUGACUGUUCAGAUGGAGAGUAUAGAAGCCAAUGCUUCCCUUUUGUUCAGCAGUCCAGCAUAUGAACAAUUCACUGCCAAAAUGCUGCUCAGCAGCACCAAAGCUCAUAGCAGGUCUCCAAAUGAUGACGACGAGUCUGUUAUGGGCAAUCUACCCAAUGGAUUUGACAAAAAGGACAAUGUUGACAGGCAUGAUGAUGACGUUGAUGGCGAUGGUAUGCCUGAGGGCUAUAGGGACAAGCAGUUCAUGGAAGAUUACGUGAAUAGUCAGUCAAUGGCAGAGGAGCAUUACAAAGAUAAUAGUCGAAAGUUUAAAUGUCACAGGUGCAGAGUGGCAUACACAAGCCAGAAAUACUUGUUUGCUCACAAUAAGACAUCUCAGCAUAGGCAGUGGGAGAUGACAGAUAAGUUUGAAGACCCAACAAGACCAUAUAGGUGCGACAUUUGUAAAGAAUCAUUUACCCAGAAAAAUAUCCUAAUGGUUCAUUUUAAUUCCGUGUCCCAUCUCCACAGGCUGAAACAGCAGACACAUAUUAACGGAGAUAACAUUUUUAACACUUCAGCAUUAUCUUACAACACUACUUCACCUACACCUACCACGCAUAGCACCAGUUCUCCAAACUCAACAGUGGCACACACAAAUGGCAGUUAUGAUGCAGUCUCAGAGAGUACUACCACUCCCACUAACAAACCAUACAAGUGUAACAUCUGCAAAGUCAGCUACAACAACCAGCCCAGCAUUGAAAUCCAUCUCCGAUCAGUAGGGCAUAAAACCAAAGCCAGUAAGCUAUCGGAACUUAUUCAGUCUGGCCAAGUGGACAUAAGCCAGGCCUUGAUUGAACACCCUGACCCAAGAACUGCUGGCAAGCAACAAGCGCAGAUUGUUGCUGACAUGAUUCACCAGCAGGCAACAGCUCAGGCUGCUUCAAAUGCAGCAGCUGCCUCGUACUUUAAUCUUCAGGGAAUGCAAGGUGUCAUGGCACAACUUUCACUUUUGCAAGGCAUUUUACCAACAUCCAGCCAUCAUCUUUUGGCAUCUUCAGCUCAAAACGCACUCGCUGCUACAUCCAAUGCACACAUUGAAGCUUUCUAUGCGUCUCUGAAUGCUCACAACAACAUUAAUGCACGAGAAUCAUCUAGAGCUGAAAUCCCUAAAACACCAACACCUAAAGAUAAACUUUCAAGGUCUGGCGAUGGGGAUAAAAUUAUGAACAUGAUAAUUAAGCAAGAUGGAAAGAUUGAACCAGUGAGUCAUGACAAUAAAACCAAACCUGGACUGAAUGAUUGCAAACUUGUCAAGGAUCCGAAAAAUCUUACAAAGGAGGAAGAGCUGCCUCCAAAUUUUCCCCAUGCUCCAAUCAUAUCAAGGCCUCGGGGUUUUAUGGGGCGUUUCAAACCCCAGCUGCACCGUAGUUUGCUAGAGAACUUUGGCUUUGAGUGUGUUAUGCACUACAACGAAGAAAACUGCAUAGAAAAUACUAAACCUAAGGAUAAGAACCAAGAAGAAAUAAUCAAGCAGCUCGAGGAUAAAGAAGACAAAAAGGAAAAUGGUGAGGAAAAGAUGGAAGUUGAAGAUAAAACCAGUGAAGACAAAGCUGAAGAAGAGAAAAGUCAAGAAGCAGACAUUGAUGACAAGAAGAAUGAGGACAAAGAAAACAUGGACUUGCCAGAGCUCAAUAAAUGCAGGUGUCUGAAGUGCAACAAAGAUUUUUCUAACGUUUGGGUUCUCAAGAACCACGAGGAAGAAGUCCACAACAACUUUGUGUCUCCAGCCUACAUUGAAAAAUUUGGUAGGAAGUUCAGAGAAGACUGGGAGAAAAACGUACCAAAGCUCAAUGAAAAUGAACAGACGGGGCCAAUACAGCUUCCGUCCAAUCCACCCACACCUACCAGCAAUGCAGAGAAAUUGAUCCCUUCAGAAAUGCCACCUCCUCCACCUCCGACACAAAGUCAGAUUCCACAAAAUUUUGACUUGUCUCAGCUAUCUCAAUUGUUGCCUCUGAUGGGGCUUAACAUGCUACCUAUGCACUUGCCUCUCAACUUGCCCAUGAACCUCAGCCUCCCAGGUUUUCCUUCUUUAAUGAUACCUCCACUUGACCUAACACAAAGUUACCUACCUCAAAUACAGUCUGCUAAUUUGGUGGACACCACAGUCACAUCUCAACAACAAAUGCAGGCUGCUGCAGCAGUUGCAGCUCAACAAGCUCAAAACCAGAAGAGAGUUCGAACUAGAAUCAGUGAUGAUCAGCUCAAAGUGCUUCGCACAUAUUUUGACAUCAACAACUCACCCAGUGAGGACCAAAUCAACAAAAUGUCUGAUCAGACUGGUCUACCACAGAAAGUUAUUAAACAUUGGUUCAGGAAUACCCUCUUUAAGGAAAGGCAAAGGAACAAAGAUUCCCCAUACAAUUUUAACAACCCACCAUCAACUUCCAUUGACCUGGAUGAAUAUGACAGAACUGGAAAACUACCAGAAAUUAAGCUUGAGCCAGAAGAAGAGGAAGAAUCAGGCAUGUCAAUGUCUCAUGACUAUAAAAAAGACAAUCAUGACAUGAAAGUAGAAAAUGUUUCUGAAAAAGAUGAUGACCAAGAAGAAGAAAUACACAAUAAUGCACCCCUCAAAAUUGAUUUAGCACCAAAGAAUGAGCCUAGUGAUGAGUACAGAAAAGAUCAAGAGAGUCAUUCCAACACAUCCUCACCAUCUAACAUGUCUUCCAUUCCAUCAACACCUACAGCAUCAGCCCCAGCAACGCCCACCCCUAUGAUCACAGCAAAUGCACUCAAUGCUGCCAACUCUCUAACUUUCUCCUUGGAGUCCUAUGCUGCAAACAUUGCCCGUUUGGAAGCAGCAACAUUCCAGAGCAUGGGCAAGCGAGCCAACAGGACCAGGUUCACAGACUUUCAAAUCAAGACUCUUCAGGAUUAUUUUGAAAGAAACGCCUACCCCAAAGAUGAUGAGCUUGAGCACUUGUCUAAAAUACUUGGACUCAGUGCCAGAGUUAUUGUAGUUUGGUUCCAGAAUGCUAGACAGAAAGCUCGCAAAAUUUAUGAGAACCAACCCUCAGCAGAGAGUGCUAAAGAGAUUGCCAGCCCUUUUCAGCGUACUCCAGGAUUAAACUACCAAUGCAAAAAAUGUAGUUCAGUCUUCCAGCGAUACUAUGAACUAAUAAAACAUCAGAAGAACUCGUGUGUUGGAGAGUCAAAUAAUAAUCACAAAAAUAUUCAUUCCAUGAUGGAAGAUGAUAGCAACUACAGCUUCUCAAAUGAUGACAAUAGUUUCCAUGAGCGUCAGUCCACUCCUUCCAAUGCACUGAGGGACAGAGAUUUCCAUGGAAAAAUAUCUGAAGCUGUUUCUUCCUCAUCCUUGACCUCCAGACUUACUGGAUCACUUCCAGUAACCUCAUCCUCUCUUUUGUCAUCCCAUGCCAAUUCCUCCACCCCAACAUUCAAAUGUGACAAGUGCUCAUUAACAUUUAUAAGGUACGAUUUAUGGCAGGAACACCAAAAGACCCAUGUGGCACCAGCAAUGUACACACCAUUCUCAUCCAGCUCAGCAUUUGGCAUGCUCCAGAAUCUGGCCCAGCAUGAGGAUACCACAAAGUCAGCACUGUCAUUGAUGACUUCUAAUUCUCUGGUGCCAUCCCUGGUAUCAGGCCCAGCUAUGAUGGGCCCCCAGCAGUCAGCCUCCAUGGCAUCCACGCCAACAUCAUCGUCCACCUCUCCCUCCCCAUCAUCCAAGAGAAAAACCGACUCUGAAGAUGAGAGCGGAGAGCAGCCCAGGGACAAGAGACUUAGAACCACAAUACUACCUGAACAAUUAGACUACCUGUACCAACAGUACCAGGUAAAUGUUGAUUGUAACCCAAGUAGAAAGCAGUUGGAACACAUUGCUAGCACAGUCAAUUUGAAGAAGAGAGUUGUGCAGGUCUGGUUUCAAAACACUCGAGCCAGAGAGCGCAAAGGCCAUUACAGAGCACACCAGCAGCUCAUCAACAAAAGAUGCCCUUUCUGCAGAGCCCUUUUCAGAGCCAAGUCAGCUUUGGAAUCUCAUUUGGCUACAAAACACCCUGAAGAAAUGGCCAAGGGAGAUAUCAAUAUUGAUCUUAUACCAGAUGCCCUCAUUGAGCCACCUUCACCUCACUCCCUGAGUGGGUCAUCUGCAUCUCAUUCUGAUAUCAGCAAGCUUUUGCCCCCUGGUGCUGCAGCCACAAUGCCCAACUAUAUGGCUUUCAUGACCUCGGCCACUGGUUUAAAUUUGCCAUUCCCACCUUCAACACCAGAGCUGUUGGGCCACCCAUCUUUUGAUGACCCAUUCUUUAAGAAGUAUAUGAGUGAGCUGGCCAACACUCUGACAGCCCGCCAAGAGAACCCCACUCCCUCUACCCCUUCCCACAGUACACCAUCAUCCUCAUUGUCAUCGUCCUCCACAGUUACUGCUCACUCAACACCCAAGCCCUCUCACCAGCCAUCAGCCCCCAAUUUCUCUGGUACCACUCGACCCGUUGAUGCCCAUAAACCAAAGAGCGCUGCCACUUCCUCUGCAUCCAGUGAUGAUGCACCACUGGACCUGAGCAAACCAGUGAAGGCACCAAGCUUCGCAUCAUCCAGCCACAGUGAUCUUUCUCCUCGGGUGAGUCUGACCGGCAGCCAUGAGUUCAGUGAUAGAGAGCGGGCCAUGGAGCUAGAGUAUUUGAGGCGGCUCAACAGUCUGGAUGAUUCCUUCUCUGAGACUCAGUCAGAGAUGGCUGAUAAUGAGUACAUGAAUGAUGUGGGUGGCAGUCCCCCUUCCCCAACACAUGGGAACAGUGGUAAUCUAAACCACAAUGCUCACACCCCUGGCUCUUCAGGCAAAAGAUACAGAACUCAGAUGUCUGCUACUCAGGUGAAAGUGAUGAAGCACUUAUUCCAAGACUACAAAACACCCACUAUGGCAGAAUGUGAACUUUUGGGUCAAGAGAUUGGUCUUGCUAAGCGUGUGGUCCAGGUUUGGUUCCAGAAUGCCAGAGCCAAAGAAAAGAAGGCUAAGCUCAACUCUGGAAAACCAUAUAGUGCUGAAUUAGAUUUCCCCAAGUCUCCCGAGGAGUGCAAACUCUGCAACUACAAGUAUUCUCACAAAGUUACUGUUCAGGAUCAUAUCUUUACAAAAACACAUAUAGACAGGGUCAAAGCAUUUCUUCAUUCUGAUGACCGUGAUCUUGACCUUUCCAGCAGCAGCCUGUCCAACUUCUCCCGUACACCAGGUGAGCCAGAGCGGGGCCAAAAUCUAAUGGAGGACUCUCUGCCCUCUGGUCAUCUUGCUCAGCUCCAAGCCAUGGGGAUAAACACCAACACCUUAGGCUUUCCCCUUGGUCAAGGAGACAUUUCAAUUAAGAGUGCAGAAAAAACAGAACUUUCCAGAAAGGAGAAAAAAACUGAUGGUUCUAUGUCUAAAGAAGAACAACAGCAGCAGGUUCAAGCUGCAAUGGAGAUGGCCAUGAAUGCUCAAAUGUUGUCAGCGUUAGGAGGCUACAUGCCUGGACUUGACCCAACAUACCUCUCAUACAUGUAUGGUUUACCAGGAUAUUUUCCUGGAAUGGGAUUACCAGUUGUUCAACCAGGUCUCAUGCCAGGAACUGAGCAUAUGAUGGCUUUUGAUCCCCUUGCUUACGGUACACCUCUAGCAUUACUACAAAUCCCAGCUGCAGCAAUUAAGUCUGUUGGAGAAAAACUAUCAGAGGCUGGAGCUGUACUAGCUCGCUACACCCAAGACUGUCAGGCUCUGGCUGACCUACACAGUGUAGUAAGCUCUGCAGACUUAACAGUGGCAGCUGAGGCCACAUUGGAUGUCGGCUACAUCUGCAAAAAGUGUCAAAUGGUGUACCCAGCCAGGGAGUCCUGCAUAGCUCAUCAGCGAAGCGUUUGUCUGUCUUCAGCCUCUUCUCUUCCCAAAGGAUUUGAACCCAUCAUGAAGCUGGAGCAAGUUCAGUAUGAAUGCAGAGCUUGCAGUGAAAGAUUUUCCACUAUUCUGGAAUUCAAAACCCACUGUUUACAAGAGAGUCACAAGACUAUGCUCAAGAAGUUCAAAGCAAAGGAAGCUGCCCGGAGAGAAGCUGCUGGUUCUCCAAGCUCCUCUGCACCGUAUUCCUCAUCCAUUGGCAAAUCUGUGUCCCCAUCAGGCUCGUUUACAUCCAAGCUGUCACUAACAUCCCCAUCUAACAACAACAACAUUAACAACAAUAACAACAACAUGAGUCCAGCACACUCCACUAAACCCUUGCACCCAUCACCUGCUCACCAAUUCAACAAGCUCGUAUCCUCACCAACCUCACCAGCGAUGUUCAGAAGCAAACCCUUGGCUCACAGCCCUGGCUUCACUGAAACUGGUGAGAUGAAAAGACUGAAGGCUGAGUAAAAUUUUGUUUGAAUGUUUGACACACACAAAAACUACUUGAAAUUUGAAAUUCAGUGCUAGAGAUAAAGAAUGCUUAUCAAAAAAGCCUAGUGCAUGCAAUUUGCUUAUCACAUAUGUACCUUCAUCAUAACAUCUUUCAAGAAAAAAUGUAUUUUAAAAUAUAUCUCAAAUGGUUUUGUCACUUCUAGUGAUAAAACAUGAAAAAUAGCUCUAACAGUUUUAUGGACAUUUGUGUAAUUCCUAUCAAAUUCAAAAAAGAAAAAAAUUGUAGCUGUGAGGUAGAAUAAGCAAAUCCUGUUGACAAAAUUCAAUAAACAUUUUGUCUCUUUGUCCUAGUGGGAAAAGACAAAAAAACAAACAAAACAAAACAAAAACUUAUGUUACUGAUUGUCCAAAUGAACUGAUAAGUAUAACAGGUCAAGGCCACUAGACAUCCUCCUUCCCCCCUUUCCCCCCCCCCCUUUUUUUUUCCCAAAUACAGUAGCCAUUGUUUCAUGGCCACUGAAAGUGGUGGAGUUCAUUAUUAAUAUAUUAUCAGCAUUGGAACUCAACACACUGUGUUCAUUUUUGCUGUUUAUAAAAAAAAAAGCUGCACUGUCCAUUGAUCAAUGAUUUAUAACUAAAACAAAAACUCUCCACUAGUUGACAACCAUGUACUGAGAUCACUGCUUUAGUGUAUCAUUAUUAUUUGUGUCAGCACCACUGUAUGCGACCACUGCAAUACUGAUUCUAUGUGGUGUAAGUGCCAGCAGAGCACGUCUAACUUAAUGCAUGUCAAGUAUUUUCCAUUAUACUUUUUGAUUUAAAUGUGACAUAUGUAGUGUUACAAUCAAUGUUGUCAUUGAUCUGUCAACUAAAUGUUACGUUUCUAUUAAUCUAGGUUAGAAAUGUUGACUUAUAAAUCUAUACAUGUGCUAUUUAAAGUGAUGCUGUCUUGAUGCUGUAUACUUUGAUCUGAAUUUUUUUUUUUAUGUCUUGACAUUUUGGCUCAUAAAAUUGUAUUGCUCUAGCUGCCUACAAGUUUUGCCCAGAUCUUUGUAUUUAGUUAUAUUGUUUCAGUAAAUGGCUUUCGUUUCAUAAAUGUUCAGCAUUUGAAAAUAAUAUUUGUUCUAUUUCUUAAUGUGUCAAUAAGUAUGAACAAUUGUUAAUUAAUUGUAAAAUAAAAACAAAUUGAAAUCUCUCAGGAUCUCUCUCUUAUUUGAAAACUGUAAUGGCUGUUAUAUAUAUAUUUAUAUAUAUAUAAUUAUAUAUGUGGGUUAUGAAUUUUACGAAAAACCUAUACAUGUUGAAUUGAUUGUUUUCAAUUGUUAAUGUUAUCAUUGUGUGCUUGUAAAACCGCUUCUUUAAAAUUAUAGUCUUUUUCUCAACUUUGAAUUUUUCAUUUUGUUUUUAACUUACGAGUAAAUAAAUAUAGCUUUAGUUAUAAGGCGCUAUCAAACAUUAAUUUUUUUUUCCUACAUGAUAAGAAAAAAACUAGUUGAGAAAAAAAUCUGAAAAAAAAAUUUCUAUUUAAAGUUCAAAAUGAAUGUUUAAAUAUUUGAUUCUAAUUGUAAAGUUUAAUGUUGUCUAAUUUGUUUCAAAAUUGUAUUUCAAAGUCUAACUCAAAACUAUUCAUCUCGUUCAAGUGAUAUCUCUGUAUGCAGGUGUUGUUCCUUUUUGAAAUGAUUGUUGACGUUCAUAUUUGUGUACAUCAUGUAAAAACUAUGAACAAAUUCACUGUAUAGAGAACAAACUUUGAUGACUUCCCAGGGAUCACAGAAGUUUAUAUAUAUAUAUAAAUAACUAAUAUUUAUGUCACUCUUAACUCUCAGACUCAUGCAAUUCUUUGCAAUGAAUAUUUGUUCUAUGUCUGGUAUCAACUUAAUAAAUAUUUAAAAUAAACAAUGAACAUUUUUCUGUCCUACAAUUUUCUUCAGUUUUUGUUGUAAAGCAAAUGAUUUCAUUUCACUCUGUCUUCUGUUAUCUCUUGUUCUUUUUCAUAAUUACCUCAAAUUUUGUACAAACUUUUUUUCUUUUUCUUGUCAAUAAUGUAUUGUAACUUGGUCCGUGUCUUUAGCCACAAGUUUUCUUUGGUCUUUCUUUAGUAUUUUGAUAUAUAUAUAUAUAUAUUUAAUAUAUAUAUAUGUGUGUAUAUUAUUUUCUUUUCUUUAUAUACUCAUGGUCAAUGCAUCUUUAGUACAAUUUACUUUAUACAGCUAGAAUUGUUCUUUGGUGAACGAUUGUUUUUAACUAAUAAGUUAUGUGGUUCACAAUUGAAACAAGAAUUACAACAACAAAAAAAAAACUCUUAAAGACACAAGUCUUUAUUGUUCAUAAAUGAAUUUUUGACCGGCUGAAAUUAUGUUUGGGAUGUUAUUCACACUGAAGAUUUGUAAGAUGUGUUCUGUCUUGCUUGAAUUGUUUCAUUUCUGCAGUUCAAAAUGUGUUUGAGCUUGGGUAGAGAACAACCUUUCUAGCCUGUGAUUCUACGUGAUAACACGCCAUGAUGUUGACUGUGUGGUGCAUCCAAAACUUGGCAGCACAGCUCAGUGUGCAUCGCAGAACUCUUCUAUGCCCAUUGGUUUCAAGCCAGAGUUGUGAUACAUUAUUUUUUUUGUUCAUUUCUUUCUGGAUCUGUUUCUUCUCUGAUUUUUUUUUUUUUAAGGAUUUAUGUUGGUUGAAAAUAUUUGUAUAUGUGUCAUGCUUAAUAAGUUUAUAGAUCUGAAUAUUUUAUCUCAACAGCAGGAUAAUUUGUCUGGAAAUUAAGAAAAUGUUGGGGUUUUUUUAUUCAAAUAUUAUUUUUGGAUGUCAGGGUAGCCUGUUUAAAUUUCUUUUUUUUCUGCAAUUUUUAAUCUCCUGAAGUCUUCUAUUGAAAAGUGUUUUUGGUUAGCUAGUUAAGAUGUAUGUUCUAAUGAAACAUAAUUAUGUUGGUCUUCAGACAUUAAUUCCCUUGUGUACUGCAGUAAACUUUCAGCUGACUCCUCCUAGAUGACUGUGUUAUCAAUGGUGUCAAGUCAUUGUGAUUGCUCUCUAGACAAUGAAUUUUUUGACCAAAUUAAUUGGUUUGGUUGUGAACUUAAUUUCAUUUGAAUUUUUUUUUUGUUGCAUUUUUCAAGCAUUGCCAAUUUUUUAUCCAAGCAUAUCAGUUUGUUCUUUUCCUUUUUUAAAUAUUUUUAUUGCAGUUCUUGGUGUUUUAGUUAAUUUAAUCAAGGGCUUAAUUGCUAGAAAAUAUCUGUUUUUUUUUUUUUACUAGAAAUGUUUUUGGUUUACUAGACAACUUAGCCUAGAAAGUGUAUAUAUCACAGUUAAUGUGGCUUUUGUUUUGAAAUGAAAUAUUGAUUAGCUUCUGAAUUUGUUCAUUUUUUAGUCAAAUGAUUUUGUUUUUGCUUACCAUUAAAGCUAAAUAACUUUGCGCAUAAAAGCUGAAAUAUAUAUAUAUAUAUAUCUUCAUUAAACUAUUUUUUAUUCAAGUGGCAACAUUAAAUGUGGUCUACUUUUUUGUGUGUGCAACUAGAUGCACAUUUUGAAUGAUGAGUGAUUAGAGUGUUCUUCAUUCUGUGAAUUGUAUUUAUAUGAUCUGUCAUGUAAAUAAAACUAUAUAUAUAUAUAUAUAUACAUAUAAAUAUUUUUAUUUUUUCAUCAUUUUGUUCAAAGAUAUAUUAUAUUCUCAUUAAAGUUGUUACUGAAAAUCAGACAAGAUCUCACUACACUGUUUGUCCUGACUGAAGACUGACGUUUUUUCAAAUUAAAAAAAUGAAUGUUUGAUUAUGAUCAUUAAUCAUAUUUAAAUUCCUCCCUUUUUUGUGAGUGUUUGAGGACAGUUAUGAACAUGAGAUUUUUGGGACUGACAUUUCAUGUAGCACAUGUUUUGCUUAUCAAUAAUUGAAAAGGACAAUUUUAAAUGUUUUUUUUCUUUUGACACAUUAUCUAGAUGGAUGAAUGUCUAAUUGUUGUUUACUUUUUGUUUCUCUAUUGUCUCACUAAAAAACUUAGAUCUGACUGUAUAGAUUUACAUUGUUAAAUAAUCAUGUUUAUACAUUUUCUUUUAUAGAAUCAAUAUUCACCAAAAGAAUUAGACUGUCACCAGUUAAAAAUGCUAACUGCAUCCCUUGCACUUUGCUCUAUAAUAUACAUAUGAUAAAAAAAGAACAAUAAUAGUCCAUGACAUUUAGGGCUGAAACAUUGACAGAAUCUAAACUCUUUAUUUGCAUGACAUUUUGACAUUUUUAUAAGCCACAUUUUAUGAACAUAUUUUUUUUUUGCUAGCCAAAAUAUAUAUUUAAAAAAAUCCAUGACAUUAUAAUGAUUUUUUUAAACUUGGAAAUUGUUAUAUUCAAUGUUGCGAACCAUUGCUUCAGGCCAACACAGUAUUACCUAAAGGCUGCCUUGUCUUAAAGCCACCUGUAAGAGCAACCUCGAAAUUCUCCUAUUGCGAAUCGUGCAAGCAAAGUUGACUGUAAAAUUGUGAAAUUAAAGUCUUACAAAAUGAAAUGAAUGUUUGGCAAACAGUCAAAGCAAUAUAUAUUUGUGCUAAGAGAAGUCAUGUUGACUAUUUUUCUCCUUGUCCUGGUUGCUCUUACAUGCUUCGGAGAAAAUAAGACCAACACAUGUAAUAUGUUUUUUUUUUAAAAGUAAGACUUAUCCAGGGAUCUAUGUUUCUGUUUGCUUGCUGAUCAUUUCUGUCAGUCAACACGUUUCAUUUCACUUGUAUGUACUGUUGUACAUUGACAUGUAACUUUGAAAGACCAACAAAUGGAGACGAAUUCUAGCCUACUUUUACCAUCACUUGUGAUGAGAUUUUUUUUUUUCAAACUUUAUAAGAAUGUAAGGAAAUCUACAACUGAUUUAGGGAGAAGGAAAAAAAAAAGAAAGCUAUGCAAAACUGAAAGGAAUAAUGAUUUCAUCUUAAAACUUAAAGCUGUUAAAGUUGGCACAUGAAGUAGUUUAACAAAAAAAAAAAAGUAAAUUAUUGGACUAUUGAUGAGAGCUAUGCUUGUUGUGUCUGCAUCUUCCUGCUCUGUCACACUAUGCUCAAUCUUUCAUGUUCACUUGGAGCUGAGCUUUGAUAUGUGUAAUGUAGAUAUUAAAUGAUAAGCUUCAAAACAAUGGAGUAGCAGCCCUUGCCUAGAGAGAAAGCAUUUAUACCAUUAAGGCUUUUUUUUUUUUUUUUUUAGUUCAGGCUUCAAAUGUUUCUUCUCUUGUAAUGUUGCUAAAUAUUUGUGUAUGCUUCAUUGGUGAGCACGAAUGGAAGGAUUUUUUUUUUUGUGUUUUUAAAAACACUUGAAUACUAUUUUAAUCCACUCAAUUGAACGUUUAUGUUCAGUAAGUCUUAUGAAUAAAUUGUGACAGAAUUAUAUGGACAAAAAACUCAAUAUUGGAAUUAUUAACAUAAUAUGAAUCAAUUCUGGACAUUUUCUAAAUAAUGAAUUGAAAGUUCAAGCAAGCAAACCAAAAAUAAAAUUCAGUAACAAAAAGUUGUGCCUUUUUGAAAUGUCUUGUAGAGCUACCAAUAAGGAAUCACUUGAGACUGUUAAUUACUGUAGCCUCUAAUUGUUUAACUGUGCCACAUCUGGACUUGGUCCAAAUACCUCAUUUCUGUAUACAAUUAUAAACAGGUGGCCUUGUGUUUCAAAGCAGGUUUUUUUUCCUCAAUUUAUUACUUUUUUUUAUAUUAUUAAAGAAAAAAAACACAACACAAAACCCAAGAAAAACCCAGAGAAGUUUUUUUCUUUGUAAAAAUGUGUUAUUGUUUUUAUUUUUCAUGAAACUUCUGUUUAAAAAGAGAACUAUUUCUGCUUGUACGGAAUGCUUAGCAGAGAUCUGGAGCAAUGUGUUGUAGAGUUUUAUGUAUAUAUUGGCAUCCAUUUGUUUAUAUUAUACAGUGUAUUAAAUUAAUCUUUUUUAACACAAAUCUUUUUCAGUGUUUUUCUUGUCCAAUGAUUUUUGCUGUUCAGAAGUCUCAUUGUCAGUGAAAAAAAAAUAUUUUUUUUAGAAAAUAUUUUAAUCCAUUUUUUUUGUUUUUUAUUACAAUGUUGUCCUUACACUGAAGUCAGUUAUUUUAUGAUUUCUAAGAAAGUAGAGAAAAACCAAACAACUUUGAAUUCAGUGACUAAUGAUUGUAUGUUUCUUCAAAUUCCAAAAUCAUUGUUUGUUUAGCUGUUGUGGUUCUUUAAAAACUGGUGAUGCCACAGGUACAACUAUUUCACAUCAUAUUAACAUAACGAUGCAUUUAUAUAUGUUGACAUAUAUAUAAAUAUACAUAUAUAAAUAUAUAUUUAAUUUUGUAAUUUUCUUGGCUCUAGUAUCUUUUUGUUGGACUUAUUGAGCCAUGAAGCUAAUUAUUGGCUUGACUUAGAGUCAAAAGAAUUACAGCAAAUGGAGAAAUAAAAAUAUUGAUAUCAUUAAUGAAAAUCUUAGGCUUUUACUAGUUGCUAAAAGAAAGUCACAGAAUACAUUCAACACGAGUCCAUAAACACAUUUAAUAACAGCAGACAAGCUAUAGUUAAUUCCCCUUUUAAUUACCUUUUUGUAAAAAAAAAAAAAAAAAAAAAAACCACUAUUGACCCACUUGAUGUCAGUAUUUAAUAUUGAACUAUAAUUAGACAUAUAUUAGGGCAAUAUGUUUGGAUUAUUCAUUUUUAUCUUUUUUAUGAUGUCAACCUUUUUUUUUUAAACAUUUCAACUUUUCAUCAGUUAUUAUUUAAAUUAGUGUAACCAUUUUGACUAUCGUAAAAAUAUCUUUUCUAUUAUUUGUUAUAUUUUGCUUUGAAUUUGAAUGGUUCUCUUAUUGUGUAUCAUUUAUCAAGCACAUAACUACAUUGGAGCUUAAACACAUACACAUAUAGACAUUUUAUUUUUCUCUUGGUUCUGUGUUGUUUUGAUUUCUUUUUUUUUUCUUUUUUUUCAAAAGAAAAAAAAAACUUAUUAUAUAAAAUGUUUUUGUUUUUUUUUCUUUAUGUAGUAGCUUGGCAAUAUACCAAUAAAUAUGUAAACAAUGAAGGUCAGAGUUCACUGUACAUUCUAAAUGCUGUGUGUGUCUGUAUGUUUGUUUGUUCAGAUUUAGUUCACUCUAAUAUCUUUUUGUUCAAUAAUGAUUGUCUCUAUUGAAGUAUAGUUAAUAAAACAAAAUGAAUGAAACU